AUGGACCUAAACACACUCCUCAUGGGCGCACUGCCCACGCUCGCGGCAAGCAGCAACACAAGCAGUAACAACAGCACGGCAGGCUUUACAGAGGGCUUCAUGGAGAGUCUCGCCCCGCUUCUGGGCUGGCAGUUCAACCCACUGCUCAAGAUCUUCAUGGUCCUUCACAGGCUGACAGGCACCCAUUUUGGCCUCGAUCCAACCGUCAUCCUCGCCAUCGGCGGCUUUGCGUGGGCCCUGAGCAAGCUCUGCCAGCAGCUGUACGGGACCCUGUUCAGCCUGAGCCGCCAGUAUUGGAUGGCCGACAUCCACGUCAACAGCUACGACGACAUCUACACGCACCUGAUAAAAUGGCUGUCCUCUCAGCCCGAACUAGUCAACUCGCGCUCGCUUACCGCAGAGAGCACCUACAUGACUCCCUGGGACGCCGAAGACCAGGAUUCAGAUAUCAUGGCCGAUCAUGUGCCCCCCGAUGACUCGGGCAUCUACCUGAACUUCUCCAACAAGGAGGCACAAGCCCCGCCCCGUUUCAUUCCCGCUAUCGGCAUCCACGGCUUCUGGCACGGCGGCCGCUAUUUCAGAAUCCACCGCAAGAAGGAACCUGUUGCGCCAAACGGGGGCAUGGGCGGCUACCACGGCAGCUAUACGCCCACAAAGGACAAGGAGGACCUAGUCAUUUCCUGCUUCGGCCGCUCUCCCGAGCCCAUCAAAAAGCUCCUCCAGCACGCCAAGGAGCAGUACUACCUCGACCACCACGCCAUGACCACCGUCAAGCGGCCCAGUUCUCAGAACAUGCGCCGUUACGGAGGUCAUGGCGUAUGGACCGAGGUGGCUAGGCGCCCCGUCCGUCCCAUGGGUACCGUUGUACUCGACGCAGAGCAAAAGGUCCACGUCCUCUCCGACAUAAACGAGUAUCUCCACCCCAUGACGCCGCAAUGGUAUGCCAAUCGCGGCAUCCCGCUGCGACGCGGCUAUCUCUUCCAUGGGCCUCCGGGGACUGGCAAGACCUCUUUGUCGUUUGCGCUUGCCGGUGUCUUCGGCCUCGACAUAUUCGUCAUCUCGCUUCUCGACCCCUCCCUAGGCGAAGAAGACCUUGCCAUUCUCUUCAACGCCCUCCCGCGCCGCUGUGUAGUUCUUCUCGAGGAUAUCGACACCGCCGGGCUGGCCCGUCGUCUCGACGCCGACGAGGCUGACAGUUCCGACGCCGACGAUGACGACGAAACCGCCAAAAAGGACGACAGCAACAGCAAGAAGAAGCAGAAGAAGACAAAGGCGAGCAAAGAUGACUGGAAGGUGUCGGAUCUCGCUCGAGAGCUCAAGAGGCACGGUGGCCCGUCCCAGGAAAACAAGGGAAUCUCUCUUUCGGGGCUGCUGAACGCCAUCGACGGCGUGGCCUCGCACGAGGGCCGCGUCCUCAUCAUGACAACAAACAAGCCCGAGACCCUCGACGAGGCUCUCAUCCGUCCCGGCCGGGUCGACCUGCAGGUCGGCUUCACUAACGCUACCCAAGAACAAGCCAGGGAGCUGUUCGAGCGCAUGUACGAGGCCGACCACCGAGUGUCCCCCGCCCACACACCAGCAAAAGCCACGCCAGUAGAGAGCCCGGUCUUAGUCACGGAGCCAUCGUCGCCCUCCCUGUCCGAGAAAGACAUGAACUAUGUCAGCGACGGAUCGACCGAGGUGGAAGAUAUAUUCGAGGAAGUAAGGGCGGCGCCCCUAGCUGCCCCGGCGAUAAAGACCGCCGCCCAUGAUCCCAAGCUACUACACCAAAAGGGAACGAAACGGCCCCAGCUGCUUCUUGACGUCCAAGCUACCGCUGCUACCGACAUCAGCGAGAAAGGCGACGACAGCAGCCCCUUCACGCCGACCGAGCUCUCUCUGAUCGCGGUCGCCUUCGCCACCAAGAUCCCUCCCAACCAGCUUCUCAGCCCGGCCGAGAUCCAGGGCUUCCUGCUCAAGCGCAAGAAGAGCCCCCGCCGCGCCCUCGCCGAGGUCGACGCCUGGGUCAAGGCCACCGUGCAGCAAAAAGCAAACAGGACGAGGCUAUUGCAGGUGCAGUGA